CAGCUCGCAUGUGUUUCGUAAUUCCGCAUCGCGUGCACCGUGGGUUGUCGUCGUCGUCGUUCUCGUUGACGUUAUCGCCGUGGUGUGGUGUACCGUGUUCGGUUUUUAGGAAAAAGGGGUCGCAUUGGAUAGGCUAGUGACCGCAGCAUAUUUAGGACCCCCAGGCUCACUGUUUUCGUGCUAAUUUAACCGUUCCAGCACGUGGUGAUACGCAAUCGAUCGAGUGUUCAUCGACGAUUCUUGUUCUCGUGCGACCAUAGCCAUCUGUGUGUUCAGGUCUCGAGACUAGCCUGCUCCGUUUGCAGGCACACAGGAGCUUCAGGUGUGUGUCCGUUUGUGUUUGUGGAUGCGUGUGCGUGUUGAAGGUUCUAUCAGGAGUCUAAAGUGUUCCCUGUCGUAAACUAAAGCAGCAAACUGCCUCUUGUGGUUCCGUUAUCAUGCUUCCCGGUGGUGCAAGAGGGAGCGAUCGAUGAUAGCUUGUCUGUGUGCGUGUGUGCGGUUUGUGAAAAAACGAAUGAUCCUUCUGCUCCUUGAGUGCAGAGUAAAGCGAUCAUCUUGAUCGUGCUCGAUCGGUGUGCCAAAUUUGAUCAAUUAUUAUCUCGAGCGCAGAGCCAGAGGUCGAUGUGUAUGAGAAAGGUCUGGUCUCGUAGUUUAUGUGGCAAAUGAGUUGUACUCCUCCUUCGCUUUGUAUCGUGUCUGUGCGUCGUCGUGUGUGUUUAUAUGUAUUGCUGUUGUUGCGUGUGUUGAUCGUGUGAAGCAAUAACGAGUUACAAUAAAAUUUCCCAAACUGUUCGCCCACAGACAGAGUGGUGCUGGUGGUGGUUACACGUUUGAGCCAACGGGCGGCAGCGGCAUCGUUCCCUUGGCCGCAGCGACCGCAACUGUGAUCGAAAGCAGCAGCAGCAGUAGCCGUAACUACGUUGGCAUUGCUGGUGACAGUAGCGAAGGUGGUGGCCACUUCGAGUACUUGUUCGCCGACAACAACACUAGCGGCAGGGACAACACCACCACCAUGUUGACCAUGGAGUCCGACAUGAAGGGGGGAGGCAUUCUGCAUGCCACGAUGCCCCCGCACCAUCCAUCUUCGCUGCAUGGCCACACGACCUCACCGUACGGGGCGCUCGGUUCCCUCAGCAUGAUGAACAUAGGACAAUCACAGUUUUCAUCGCACCAAACCGGCAGCCAGCAGCAUCACCUACUCGGUGGCAACACCGGAACCGGUGGCCAUCAGCAGCAACAGCAGCAGCAACAACAGCAGCAGCAACAGCAACACCACCUGUCCCAUACCCUCAACAGUAGCAAUAGCAGCAGCAAUGCGAACAACAGCAGCGGCUACGGUCUUGAUAGUAGCCCCCUGCAGCAAUCCGUCUCGGGGCUUAGUCCGACCGGUGGAAUGGGCCACUCGCAGCACAACUCACCAACCGGUGGCCUAUCGGGUGCGGGACAACAUCACAUUACGGCUAGCGGGGGGCAUCAUCACCAUCACCAUCACGGUGGUGGUGGCGGCGGAGGGUUGUUGGGUGUCAACCACAACAACAACAACACGAGCAAAGCGGCCCAACAGAAUGCCGAUCGAGUGAAGCGACCGAUGAAUGCGUUCAUGGUGUGGUCCCGUGGCCAGCGCCGGAAGAUGGCCUCAGACAAUCCGAAGAUGCACAACUCGGAGAUCUCGAAACGUCUCGGUGCUCAGUGGAAGGACCUUUCGGAGACGGAGAAGCGUCCGUUCAUCGAUGAGGCGAAGCGAUUGCGUGCGGUUCACAUGAAGGAACAUCCGGACUACAAAUAUCGGCCACGCCGUAAGACGAAGACACUGACGAAGACGAAGGAAAAGUAUCCUCUUGGUGUAGGAUCCCUGCUUGGUGCUGGUGCUGGUGGCGGUGGCGGUGCCGGAAAUGGAGUUGGUGGUCAAGGAGUGGACGGUAGCGGAGGUGGAAUGCUGCGUACCGGAUCGUCUACGACGUUGGCCGCACAGCAGGCGGCAGCAGCCGCAGCCGCUGCAGCAGCAGCGGCCGCCAACCGUGAUAUGUACCACCAGAUGCCUCCGAACGGUUACAUGCCAAACGGGUACACGAUGAUGCAUCAUGAUCCGUCCUCGGCCGCGGCCUAUCAAUCCCAGCAACACUACAUGAGCAAUUACCAUCAUCACCAUCGGUACGAUAUGGGACAGAUGGCGGCGGCCGCGGCCGUCUCCGGUACGGGAUCACUCAACAGCUACAUGAACGCUACCGGAUACGGUAGUAUGUACGGUGGAAGUGGCGGCGGUGGUGGUGGGACGGUAGCCGGUGGUCAAACGUCACCGUACGGUGGCAGUGUCGGAGGAGGUCUACAGCAACCGGGAUCCCCGUACAGUACGACAAUCCAGCAGCAACCCGGCUCACCGUACGGUCUUAACCAUCAGCCCGGAAGUGCACUGUCCUGCCAAAGCCACAGUCCCAGCGAUUCGAGCGUCAAAUCGGAACCCGUCUCACCGAGCCCGAUCGCAACGGCCACAAACAACAACAUCAUGAGCUCGAUGAAACGCGAAUACGUCGGCAGCGGCGUCGUCGGUCACCAAUCGCAGUCGGCGGCGACCGAUCUUAGCCAUCUCAUCAACAUGUACCACGUGCCCGAUAUGCAGCAAACGGCUGGCGAUCUGCAGCAGCAUCAUCGUAAUCAGCUGAUGCAGCACUAUCAUCAGCAGCAGCACAAUGCGAGUGUAUCGCCUGAUCUGCAAGCACAGCAUCAACAUCUACACCAGCAGCACCAGCAGCAGCAGCAUCAGCACCAACAGCAGCAGCAGCAACAGCAACAACAGCAGCAGGUCCUGCGAACAAUGGCACCCAUUUCACACAUGUGAGAUUUGGCUACAACGGC